AUUCGCCAACCGUUGUCAUUAGCAAAACAACUCCAAUAUGAAACUGGCAGUUAUUUCCUUAAUUGUAAUUUUUCAUUUGCUGUAUGUAACUGGGGUGAAUGGAGAUGACUCCCAUCAUCCUAGAAACCAUAAAUUACGUUCAAAGGACAAAACCCAAUCCCACCCAGUUUCAUCGCGCCAUCAUACACCCAACAAUAAGCGGGCUGUAAAUACCAAGAAUUCACAUGGUCACAAAGCACAAGGACGACAUUCUGCACCAAUUCUUCCUCAUACUCUACAAAGCCGUUAUAAAACCCAACCAGGAAAAGAGUUUUCAGAAAUGUGCAAAAAGAUUUGCUUCGAUAAUGGCAGAACAAAAGAAUCGAAGACAAACGGACAAACCUCAUCGGCCAAUGUAGAUAACACCAAUUCAGACAGUAUUGACUCAAGAGAUACAAAUGACAGUGAUAUACAAAACAGACGUGAUUCAUCGACCGAUGCAGAUAAUAAUAGCAGUCAAAAUGGAAACGGAAGUGAUGGUGAUAAUAAGAUCGAUUCAACUAAGUCAAUAGGUUCGAGUGGCAGUGGGCAAAAUAAUUGGAACACAAACGGACAUAAUUCGUCGUCCAAUGCAGAUACUGGCAGUCGAAAUGGAAAUGGAAGUGAGUCAAGUGGAAGCGAUUCCGAUAAAGAUUCUAAUAAAAAGAAUAAAAAAGUAUCCGGAAUAGAAAGCGGAAAUGGUGAAGGAAAUGUAUCUAAUAAUGAUAACAGUUAUGGUCAAAAUUCUAACGCAAGCGGCGUAGAUAGCAAAACUGAUUCUGGAAAUUCUCAUGAUUGCAAUAAUUUAUUUAGUAACUUUAAAGAAUUAUUCCAAAACGGCGAUAAUAACGCAGCAGAAUAUAAAAGUAACGAUAACGAUAUUUCCAAUAGUGAAGAUAGUAAUCAGUAUAAUACAAUUUCCAACAAAAAUACUACUAAUAUAAAAAAUGGUCAAAGUGUAAACAAUGGCAGUGUAAUAAAUGAAGGAGAGACCAAUAUAAUUGGAAAAAAUGGAGAUACGAAUAAUGUAGAACCUCGUAGCAAAGGAUUACACGCCCAUGUUAAACACAACUCGGUCGGAAAUAACCAAAAUCAGCACCAGAAAUUGGGUUUCCGAAAAGGUCAUUAUCAAGCAGAGAGUCAGAGCAAGGUCAGAAAUCACGGAAACUCAGCUAAAAAACAUCAUUGAACUUACUUACGACAGAAUGCAUGAUUCCUUGAUUACUAUUUAAAAUUUACUCUGUUCAAUUUUGUAGGAUAGUAUCUAUAUUAUCUUCCUUAUACGAUUAAUAAAAAUAAAAAAUAAUGGGUAGCGCAAUA